AUGGAAGAAGUAUGGGGUGAGGACUGGAUGGAGUUCAAACCCGAGAGGUGGGUUGCAGACAGAUCUGAAGGGAACUGUAUAUUGAACAAUGAUGAUGAUGGUGUUGUUAAGAAGAAGCUCAGUACAAUUCAUGUGCCAUCCUACAAGUUUGCGACAUUCAUAACAGCGCCAAGGGCUUGCUCUGGGAAGAAAAUAGCGUACACACAAAUGAAAAACAUAGCCAGUUGUCUUCUGCACAGGUAUAAGAUCGACGUGGUCGAUGAUCAUCCGUGCGUCCCACUGCUUUCUAUGAUGAUGUUCAUGAGAUAUGGUUCGAAGGUCAGGGUUUCAUGCAAGACACCAGAGAGUAGUAAUACUAGCCCUCUUUAUGUGUAG